AUCUACUCUAAAAUGAGUUAAUUCAGCAAACGAUAUGUUUCGGAUAACAAACAAUACGGUUCAUCGCACAUUUCAACUAUCGGUUGUAGGUGGAAACUAUCAUCUGCGCUUGCGCUGGAGCAAACAAAAAAAAACUGCCUCGACCAAACGUCAACCGUUGUCAAUUGGAGUAGUUGUGAAGAAAAUUUGUAUUGAGAGAAAGUAACUUCAGCUCGUCUGGCUGGCGGGUGUGGAAAAUUGGUUGUUUUUCCCGCAUAUAAGUAAUAAAAGCAACACUAUCUAGUUUCGGUUAAAGCCUACCUUCCAUUGUGCUGGGAUGCAAGAUGGAAAUCAUAGCAUCCAACAAUGGUUUUCGUUUCCCGUUGCAUCGCACUAUCAAUUGCGUUUAAUUGAUCCAUUGGUAGGGCUACGAAUCGAGUUUUCUUUUUUCCACUGGCGUGCAUAAUUACUAGCCUCCGCGAGUGUGUGCGUGCGUGUGUGGUGUGGUGCAUGCAUGGAAUAGCUGUGAAGCAGUGCGCAACGUAGUUGCAACAUAGUUUUCUGCAUCGCUUCCUUUCGCGUGAUAUUCCCGUACAGUGGUGCAGUGGUUGGAGUGUGCAAUACGAAGGCAAAAAAUUUCUAUGGGAAAAGAUGAAUUCCACCAGCGCAUCGGCUGCAGCGAAUGCGGCAACGACGACGAUGGCGGCACCAACGUCAACGACAGUGCCUCCGUCCAGUAUCGGGAAUGGUGAACUUUACUUCCGGCCCUUACCUUAUUUAAGCUUCAAAUGGAUUAAAGCAGACGUUGGCAGAGCGCUUCGAAAUGCGGACGAUUUAGCAAACCUAUGGAACCACCUAAUCCAGGAUGAGGAAGUCAUCACGGAGCGGGUGCAAACCGCAGUUAAUGGAAUGGGUGAGGUGGUCUACUUACGGCCCGACGGACGGUAUUACUGUGGGAACGCGGCCAUAUCCUGCGAUUGCUGCAAAGGUGUAUGUUCGGCCGUUUCCAAAUGCGUCUGCUUGAUUUGCGAAGAGCUUGGAGUCCAAGAAGGUGUUGACCCGUCGUCAUGUCCUGCUGCGACCGGUAGCAACGGGAGCAAUGGAGUGGGUCGGAAAGGGCAGGCGCAAAAUCAUACACAAUCCCCGGCCGACCAACCAUCGACCGGUGAUAACUCUGCAAGUUCCGUCUUGCUAGACUCCUGGCUGUGGAGUCCCGUUCCGGGUACGGAGGAUAAGAAAACCUGCAUAAAGAAGCUGAUUGGCGAACAAAGAGAUAUAUGUUUGCAGGCGGCUGGCAAUUGUUUGUCUGCAAACCGCAUCCGCCAGCUGCUGUUUGUGUAUCGACGGUACUUUAUUGCACUGCAGGAAAUGGGAAUGCACAGAGAAACGGAAGAAAAACAACAUGCCACUGAUCUGGCCACCAGUGAAUGCGAGGCGGCGAAACUAAGCAAAAACUCCAGCCUUGAUCGUACCGCCGCUACAAUGAAAGAUGCCGACAAGGCUACAUUCGGCUUGGCUCGCGUUGGUACUCGCGCAGCGCUAAAUUUUUCAUUUGCCUUCUUGCGACGUGCCUGGCGUUCCGGGGAAGAUGUUGAACUGUGCAGCGAGCUGUUAUCAGAAGCACUCGAAGCAUUACAAUCCCUCCCAGAAGCCUCACUGUUCGAUACAUCCCAAAUGUCCACGCUAUGGAUCGAGGUGGUAGAAAAAUCAAUCAAAUUCCUGCGCCAGGUCGUACUGGGUGACGUAAUGGGUGGCCGCUGUCUCGUUCCGAAGGCGGACCGACACAUUGCACUGAAUCUGCUGCUAGAACUCGGUGCCCAGAAAGGCACGCUGGGUGGUUCAUUGGAAGGAGUUUCGCUUCUCCUGACGCUUCACGAGAAAGACCAACAGUCUGACGACAAUCGAAGUCCACCGCAAAAUACGGGAGCACCGCUCGUACCGCUGCUGCACCGCUAUGAACAGAUCGAAAGUUUCGGUUCAUUCAACACUUCGGAUUCGUUUCAUUUCGGACCGACUGAAUCGUUUCUUAGAUUUCUAACGCUACCGGAAAACGAAACUACCUGUGUGGAUCUCAAGCUGGCCGCUGUCAUCAUUAUCAGCCAUCUAGACCGGCUAGCAAAACCGCACCUACCCGCCGGUAACUGUUCGACAAAGGGAGCAAGCAAGUACGCAAACUCGCCCAAAAUAUUCACCCUCGGAUGGAGCGCUUGUGCGCCGGAACUGUAUGGAUUUACGGCAACCGAAGCGAUACGUACGGGUUGUGCAAAUUUCGACGCAAUGGUGACAUCGGUAACGGCACCGGGAAGUAUAGACGGUGCGAUGCCCCGAUACUCAACGGCUACGAUCGAUCUACUGUACGAUCAAGUGCGCCAGAUCGUUUGUGCGGAAAACUGUGUGUACAUACUAACCGACAGCGGUACCGUGCUGUACCUUUCGCACAGUAUUUCGAUGACCGAAGACAAUUAUCCCGAGCGAGUGAAAGGAUUAGAAACUACUAUCGUCCAGCUUGCAGCCCAUUGUGAAGGACACCACGUGCUAGCGCUCGCCACCAAUGGGGAUGUUUUCUCUUGGGGUAAUGGUGACGGAGGCCGCUUAGGACAUGGCGAUACGAACGCAAAGGAAUUGCCAACUAGAAUUGCAGCCCUGACCGAACGGCAGGUGACGGGUGUUUUCUGUGGAUCAUCGUACAGUGCCGCAAUCACGGCGAACGGAGAACUGUACACGUGGGGCCGUGGUACGUACGGUCGGCUAGGACAUGGAAAUUCGGAAGAUAAAUACUUGCCUACGGUCGUAACCGCACUGAAGGCGCACCGUGUCAUACACGUAGCCCUUGGAUGUGGUGAUGCGCAUUCGCUGUGUGUGACCGACGCUGGUCUCGCGUUUGCCUGGGGCGAUGGAGAUUUUGGCAAGCUUGGCAACGAAUCGUGCGUUGGUUCAUCCGUCCCGGUACAAAUUGAACUGCCGCAGGCAAGUGUAGCGAAGGUGUUCAGCGGUUCUCAGUUCAGCGUAGCACUGACACGCGAAGGGACGGUAUAUACCUGGGGAAAGGGCCACGGUGGAAGGCUUGGCCAUGGUAAUUCCGAACACUCCCCCGUGCCGAAGAUGGUGCAAGUAUUAGAGGGCAAGAAAAUAGUUGACCUAGCGGUAGGACUAGCGCACUGUUUGGCACUUACCGCUUCCGGAGAGCUGUACGGAUGGGGUCGGAACGAUUUCCAGCAAAUUUGCCCCGAGUGUGUAACGCGUGAUCCGAUCAUACCGACGCCCAUACUAACUACGCCGCCUACAUUACGCGUCGCCGGUAUGUCCGCAGGCGUUGCGCAGAGCUUCUUUUGGUGUCACUCGUCCUCACAUGGCAUUCCGGCUAAAAUUCCGUUCGUAGUGGACCUGAGCGAACACACAUUCCGCUUGCUCGAUCAACUGCUCUGUAUGGUGAGCGUUACGUCCACGGACAGUUCCAGGCAUCCGCCCAGCCAAGAGGCGGAAUGCAUCGCUGUCGGCACGCUCAACUUGCUUCGCCUUCAGCUGCACGCAAUGAUCGUGAAUAAUGUUCAUCCGCGGCAGGUUGGUCUGGUAGAAGGUUCACGCCUGUUGGCUAGUUUGAAAACACGCAUUCUUAGCCUGGCCGGUGGGCCGGUUGUGCUGAAAACAAUGCAGGAAGCCGCCCAAUGGACGCUGCAGGUUGGCUGGAGCAUUAUUCUCCCGACGGCUUCGGAACGGGCACAAACGCUAACUUCGCUACUGCCGGCCGGACAUGAUGGCGGUGGAACGAUGGGUUCGGCGGCAACGAGCGCUGGACACCGGUUCAUGACGGACCUGCUUGUCGGUUCCCUUAUGGCGGAAGGUGGUUUGCAGACCGCCCUCAAUCAAGCGAUUAACCAUCAUCAGCAUCAGAACCCGUUUCAAGCGCAAGAACCCCAUGGAGCUGGCACAGGAACUCAUCUUUCACUGCUACACCUACUCAAGCAACUGUUGCGUAACAAUUCCAGCCUAACGCAAGCCCGUCUUGGCCAGCUCAUGCUCGGUCCGUACCUUAAAGUAGAUGACGGUUUCUGUUCCUCGGAGCCAACAUCACCGAGCCUUGAUUUGCUGCACAAAUUCCAACGCUUGUUACUUUCGCACCUUUAUGCCUCAAAGGCGGACGAUCUGAGUGGUGCGGAAACUCUGCUUUACACUUACAUCGAACAGCUGGUCGGCCCAUGUGUAAACACGCUUGCUAAGGCGUAUGAAACGAUCCUCCAGGGUAAAGAUGGUGUGUCCGACAUUCUUCGCAAUGACAUUUCGGACGCCUUGCUGUAUGAACUGCUGAUCGGGUUGGUGGUAAUCCAGCAGGAUAAACCACUGUUGCUAGCAAACUUCGACUGGAACCUGCAUCUAAUACCGCUUUUGAAUGCUCUCGAUAGAUUUAAUCGUCUGACGCAGGAAGGUGAACUACAGGACACGGACGAUAUGGGAUGGCCGGGUAUAAUAAGCCGUGGUGCAUCAAAGGCGAUGCCGUUGCAAGAGGAAUCGGUACUGAUCCGACGCAGCGACAUCGACAAUCACAUUCGGGAUGGCGGAAGUUGGGUCAUAAUCAACGGGAAUGUGUACGACGUGAAAGACUACACGCCCGAAAAUCCACUCACACAAGAGUUACUCCAGUUGCACGUAGGGAAGGAUAUAUCGCUCGAAAUUGGUAACCCUCAGCACCGAACAGCGUUCGAGUUUAUCACGUCUUACUUGCGUGUGGGCCGAUAUGCAGUUAGCGAGAUGUAUGACAGUGCUACGAACCCACGUCCCCUAGUGACGUUAACGCACUUUCACUCCGAAUGUUUACUCGCUUAUUUGCUAGGACAGCGUGCGAGUAUCCUGCAGGUCGGGUCUCCGCUGCAACCGGCCGAACUGCAGUGUCGCAAUCUUCUCAAUUCACACGUCCUAAGCGGUGGGCUGCAGGUGCUGCAACCGUCCAAUCCAUUCGACGAGGAAAAAGGUGAAGCACGCAGCAGCGGAUCAACGGCGGGAAGUACUCCGACGGACGCUUCCGCGCAGAUACCGAUCGUGGCGGGCGAUGGUGUACCGAUAAUGGGAAGUUGGCCUAUGGUGCUUAUAACACAGCGAGUCGAUACGCUGCUAGCGAAUUUAGGCGAGGGAAAGAUCACCGAUCCUUUGGUCGCAUCAUGGAUUGGACUGUGCGAACGAUUCUGCAAGGAGCAUCAUCUCAUCUGGCAUCAGGAAUUUCCACCCGAACAUCCAGUCGUGGAGCUUGAGCGCUUGCUAAUGGCGGUGCUAAUACGCCAUCAGGCACUCGGGCCACUCGCGCUUGCCGUGAUUGAUCGGGAGCUGAGCGGCUCUGGUUCAAAACCUCCGCAACCGAUCGUGAACAUCAUUCGCACCGUGCAUCAAACGAAAUGGGCAAUCGUUAAAAUGCGACAGCAGCUAAACCGCAGCUAUAAGGAAGUGUGCGCUCCGAUGAUUGAUAAAUGUCGCUUUUUGCUGUACGAAAUUCGACCAGCCAUUAGCCUCGAACAGCACGGGCUAGAGCGUUUGCACAUUCUGCACCGGCCGUCCCGUUUUAAGGCGCUCGUAAGACGUAUCAUAGCGGAGAUGGGUGCGGCCAAACGGCAGCUUAAGCUGGCGUGCGCGAAACCGGAAGACAUCGUUAAUGCUACCAUCCAAAGCCAGUUCAGCAGUGGGAAGAUACAGUCGCACGAAAAUCUAAGCGGUUGCGGUAUGACCAAACAACAUCCCCAGCAGCAACAUCUGCACCAGGGUGUGACGCUCUCCACGGAAAAUCUAGUCAACGAAAACAUCAUCAAGGUGGCCAGCCUGGAGAGCCUCACCGCAGCGGGAAAUGUGCAUCGUCGAUCGUCCGUCGAUCGGUCAGCUUCACCGGUGAUAUUGCUUAGUAACAACAGCACGGCACUGGCCAAGCUUGCUGCAUCGAACGAAAACCUUAUCGACACCGACGGUUCUCAGGCAGCUGACGGAACGCUCAACAGCAUCGUCGGAGGCGUAGUGGUGGAUGUAACCAGCACGAUUGAAGGUAGCGAGAAUGCGGUCGAAGGCAAUGAGAAGAAAAUCACUUUCACUAAUGAUGAUCAGAUUAAAACACCGACGAAUGAAAUGAUCGAAUUUCAUGGUGCUGCCGGAAAGGCGACCAAAGCAUUCUCCCAAGAUGGGGACGAUUUCAUCAACAACGUGAUUGCAAACCUGAGCGAUAAGUGUCUGCUCGAGUCAUACCCGGCAGAAUUUAAAACCGGCAUUAGUCAACAGGUGGUGGAUUUCAUUCUGCACGAUCAGUGUGAUGUGGAAACAUUGCGUCGUGCUAUGUACUGCCAGAUACAGCGCUACCAACUGCGUAAGCAAGGGCUGGAAAUGUUCUUCGAAUUGCUCUGCAUUACCGGUUUGUUUGAUGCUGUGCAGUACAAUCUUUUUAACGGUUUUCUUGGAUUGCAUCUCGGCCAUGGUUCCGUACGAUGCCACGUUGCUGGUAAUGGGGAAGGAUUGCCAGAACAGCAGCAGCAGCAACAGCAACAGCAACAACGCGAAUCAGAACAUGUGCUCGAUAAUUUGAACAUGAUUACCGCCUACCAGAAGGCGGACAUACUGAUCGCCCAUGCCAAGAUCAUCGAAUGGGCUGUUACGGAACUGCAGAAGUACGUCAAUCAAGACAAAAUCAACGGCCGGCAUCGGACACACGGCGAGAAAGAUCAUUCAAAUUUGGGAACGUACGUGUUUCUUAAGAAAUUACCCCGGGCUCGAUUUUUGCUAAGUAUUUUUGGCAUCCUUUCCCGUACGUACGAAGCGAACGAGCUCAGUUUGUUGGUAAAUUCUGGUAUUCUCGGAAGCAUAAUGGGGCUGCUGCGACAAACCGGUGCCGAUAUGCCAAGCAACAAACACACCUCCGAUACAUCGGUCAUUUAUGAGGACGUUGUUACAAAUUUAAAAUCUUCAAAAGAAGGUCUUUCUGGACCGGAACUUACAAAAUUCAUGAAAAUUGGAACAAGAAUUGCACGUGGCGCUGACUGGAAGUGGGGUGAACAAGAUGGUCCGGGCGGCGAAGGACGUAUCAUCAGCGAAAUCGGCGAGGAUGGCUGGGUUCGCGUAGAGUGGGACAAUGGUUCGACGAAUUCAUAUCGUAUGGGAAAAGAAGGAAAAUAUGAUCUCCGGCUAGCCGACAGCGCGCUUAAAGCUUUAUCUCCCGACAAAGAUAGCGAACGGGAAGAUUUCAUCGAUCACACGCUUAACCACGAAUCACACCCAACAAAAUUGCUGCGCAAUGUGUGUAUUAAAACGCUUCAGAUGCUGUUCGCCUCGGUAGGACUGCAUGCGGAAAAGAUGGAACAAAAUGCGCUCCGUGGCGUGGCUUCGCUGUUCCGAACGAUGCUCCAACCGAAUGAAUGUCGUUCGGGCAACACCACUACGAACAACUGUUACAACUUCGGCUUAGAGCAGUGGACCGUGCUUGGAUUUUUGCGUGCAAUUUCUUUCACUCCUGCACUUUCCCGUCAGCUGACCACACCGCUGUGGAUCGAACUCGCCUUUAGGAUACUGAAUGCUCCGAUUGCAAGCAAGAAGGACGUUUACAAGAAAUUGCACUGUUUACGAUUGCUGCAGUCUACGCUCGUUAACUGGACGCAUGACGAUCGGUCCCGUGUCGAUGGUAUAAUUAGCCAGCUGUACGAUGUACUCGGCCGCAUCUCGCUUACUUGCCCGAACGAUUCGUCCUUACUGUCCAGUGCGGUAGACGCAAAAUCGCGCGUCCUAUACAGCGCGUCGCACAGCGGCACCGUGGCGGAAGAAAUGGUGGUUUUGAUUCGACGCCUUCACACACUACCGCUGUGGAACGAAAGCAUCAAUUCAUUCAUGCAACAAAAACUAUGUCUAACGGCUGAUAUUUUCCUAGUAAACGAGCUGGACACAAUUACGGACGGUGAAAAGCGCGCAAUCAUGGGUACGCUCGGUACGAUCGGUGGGUGCGAUUCACGGCCUAGGAUCGGGCUAAAUAUCACGCUUGACGGCGUCCGGGGUACGAUAUCGCGCAUGACCAAGAAAGGCAAAGUGGUCAUGAACGUGCACGGUGCGGCAGAGACGAAGAAAAUUCCUAUCUUUAAGGUGGCCGAAUGUGCGGACGUCGGUGCGUUUAGCCUUUCGAAGGUGACGAUCAGUGAGAUGUUGCUUAACUCGUGGUCGGUUAUGUUUUAUGGCAUUGGGCAGCUUAUACCACUGAACGGGAAUACCGGUGGCGAUGGAUGUGCCAGCGCAUCCCUACUGCAAAGCCAGCAAAUUAACUUUGCAACAUUAAAAGCAACGAAAGUGCUGUUUCGCAAUCAGAGUUUGCUACGGCGUAUUCUUCGCCAACGGUCACCAGGCCUAACCAAAAGUGCAUCGCGUGAUAGUGUAUCUUCUGAUCGAGAUGGGGAUAGCCCGGAACCGGAAGAAGCCAAAACUCGUUCCGAAUCAAAUACGUCCGAUGAGUCGCAAGCGUUUUACACGGCGGAGCUACUAAUACAGACUAUUCUACUGCGUGCUACACAACCGAGCCCACUGAAAGCGUGUUACACUUAUCAGGAGAUGGAAUUAGCUGCACUUAACAUCUCACAAAUGCUUGCCAGUCAUAUACAUUAUUCUUCUGGUGAUGCCACCUCGGGACAGAUAGUAACCAGUGGGUGUAAUAAACGUCCGUUACCGCUUGGCCAACCAACUAUGAUACAUGGAGUGCCCGUUUACAACAAUGAAACAGCAUUACUUGUAGCUGACCCACCUGCGUCAUCCGGAGUGGGAUCGCAAAGCAAUGCUACGGGCACCCGUAGUGGACGAUCACGGCCAUCGAACGCAUUCGUUGCUCCCAGCCCUCUUGUAGCGCAAAUCAUGGAAAUGGGAUUCACCCGUAAAUCGGUCGAACUGGCGUACAAAAGUCUUAUGCAACAGAAUGAAAAUGGCAACCCUACCGCUGAGCAGAUCAUCCAAUGGAUCCUGGAGCAUCCGGAACUGACUGCAAGCUUAGGCCUUGGCACUGGUGGAAAGUCUGGCGAUGGAGAACAACAUGAUCACGAUCUGCGUGGACACAGCGACACGGAAAGCGUUAGUUCGGACACUAUGGAUGGAGGCUCAUCGCAGCAGGAUUAUCAACAGCACCAUCAACAAAACAGUGGUUCCGGAGCGAUGUACAAAAGUCGGGAAGAUUUCAAAUCAACCGAUCAGUACGCAAUGUACGUGCGUGGUAUUAUCUGUCCGGGAAUGCUCGUGCGCUGCUGUCAAGAGUUUGAAGAGAUACGCAAAGGCGAUAUCGGAACGGUGGAAAAGGUGGAGCCGGAAGGUUUGCAUGAUCUGAAUGUGCGCGUGGACUGGCAAAUGCAUGAUCGACCCUAUUGGAUGUGCUUUGUGCAUUUGGAGAUGCUCGAACCACCGUCAACGCUCACGGAUCCGUCCGGAUGCGGUGGUAUUAUGGUAGGCUCUCAAGUGCGUCUGUUGCGGGCACACGUGGCUCGACAUCGGUUUCCAUCACUAUCGGCACCGCGCGGUACUACUGGUGUGGUGAGCUCCUUAACGGGUACCGAGGCUAUAGUGGAAUUUCCCCAACAGACGCUGUGGAAAGGUAGCGUCAGUGAGCUAGAGUUGAUUUCCAACCCUACAAACUAUGGAACAGGUUCCGGCGGAGCUACCCAAAACGGUGGAAGUAGUGGAGUGUUCGACAUUAUCGAUGAUUGGUCGCGAUGCAUCCGUGCGCUAUCGGUAUCGUCGAAUGAAGCGUCUGCAAAGUAUCUGCUGGAUCGGAGUACGAAUAACUAUUGGCAGAGUGCCAGUACGGCUGUGCAAGGAAAACACUGGAUAAGACUCGAGAUGCACGAUCAGGUAUUGGUGCAGUCGCUCUCAAUCAUCGUUGAUCCGGAUGAUUUCUCUCACAUGCCAUCGCUUGUGGUGGUACGUGUGGGCGACGAUAGCUUCUCCAUGACGGAUCUUCGCUGGGUCUCGAUCAAUUCAACCACCGUGACGAUGCCACUGCUCACCGAUUGCAAGCAAUAUUAUCGACUGAUUGAGAUCCGCAUCAAACAGUGUCGCAACAACGGGAUUCAAUGCCGCGUGCACGGAUUGUCGAUUGUCGGCAAACGCAAACAGACCGACGUCGAUAUGAUGUUACAAAAUGCUGGAUUUCUGGCGUCCGAGAACGAAACCAUUGCCGAACCGAGUUAUUCCACUUCGUCGAACUAUGCGGACGAGCCGGCCUCGCUGAACGAUGAAGUCUCGUCGAAGGUGCUAGUGUGGGGCCUAAACGAUAAGGAGCAGCUGGGCGGUCUGAAAGGUUCGAAAGUGAAACUUCCAACGUACUCGUCUGUGUUGAGCCAGCUCAAACCAAUACAUAUCGCUGGCGGGUCGAAAUCGCUGUUCAUUGUUUCGCAGGACGGAAAGCUUUACGCGUGCGGCGAAGGCACGAAUGGAAGGCUCGGAUUAGGCCACAACAACAAUGUGCCGACGCCAAAGCAGGUACCUAUAUUGAGCCAGUACGUGGUCAAGAAGGUUGCGGUCCAUUCCGGUGGCAAACACGCGAUGGCACUCACACUAGAUGGAAAAGUGUUUUCAUGGGGUGAAGGCGAGGACGGCAAGCUAGGCCACGGCAAUCGCUUAACGCUGGAAAAACCGAAGCUAAUUGAAACACUGCGAACGAAACGCAUACGAGAUAUUGCGUGCGGCUCUAGCCACAGUGCGGCCAUCACCAGUUCCGGUGAGUUAUAUACAUGGGGCCUAGGUGAAUAUGGCCGUCUAGGACACGGAGAUAAUUGUACGCAGUUGAAGCCGAAGCUGGUGACCGCUCUACAGGACCACCGGGUUGUACAGGUGGCUUGUGGAAGUCGUGACGCCCAAACGCUCUGUUUGACCGAAGAAGGGCUGGUGUUUUCCUGGGGUGAUGGAGAUUUUGGCAAGCUAGGACGCGGUGGCUCCGAAGGAUGUUCCAUUCCGCACCAGGUGGACCGGCUGAACGGUGUGGGUGUGAUGCAGAUCGAGUGUGGAGCACAGUUUAGUCUUGCGCUUACGAAAACCGGCGAGGUAUGGACUUGGGGAAAGGGUGACUACUAUCGAUUGGGCCACGGAACCGACCAGCACGUGCGAAAGCCGACACCGAUUCAAGGAUUACGUGGAAAGAAGGUAAUUCAUGUGGCUGUUGGCGCUCUUCACUGUCUCGCCGUGACCGACAGUGGACAGGUGUUCGCCUGGGGCGACAACGACCAUGGCCAGCAAGGAUCGGGCAACACCAUUGUCAACAAAAAGCCCAGCCUGGUGCUCGGAUUGGAUGGCAUCUUCGUCAACCGGGUAGCGUGCGGUAGUUCGCAUUCGGUAGCCUGGAGUUUACCACAGAACCAGACAGAAAAGGAUAAGAAGGAACCGGUUGCGUUUGCCGUGGCGAAGGACCCGCUCGGAAGUCACAGUUUGGGAAUUUACGCAUCGGACACGGAAGCGACGACUUCUUCUCCGCUACCGGUUCCGAAUAGCAGCAAACCUCAGCGACCAUCACUGUCGGAGAUCGUUCUCUCGCUGGAGACGGCCAGCGCAAGACAAGCAGCUUUAUCGCACAUUAUCAACGCUAUGGGUAUCCUGCAUGCCCGAGCAUGUAUAAUAGCGGCACUUACCUGUCACUCGCAGAUGAGUGCGGCCGAUAAAGUACCCACAUAUGGUCAUGGUGGUGGCGAUGUUAUGGUACGACCGGUAUCACCUAUUUCGGAGGGAGAUGAAAGCGGAACCAAAGCGACAGUGGCGGAAAGUACGUUGGCCCAGCAAAACGAAACCAUAGCGCAUGGCGGUGGUGAAGGACCUGCAGAUAUUGCUGGACUAACAGCAGUUACGACGAACGAAUUUCUCGAUGGUGAUAUACCGAUCAUUUCCGGCAUGAAUAAUGCACUCGGUGCAUAUCGCAGUUUGACCGGAUCGCUGUCACUCUCAGCCUCGAUAUCGAGCUGCAAUGCAACGCAGCGUCAGUCGAAAAUGUCCGCGAGCGCAAUGUCUGUAAUGGCUGCAACAAUGACGCAUCAUGAUGAGUUAAUGAACGAAGCUAACACUAGCAACUUGGACGAUUUUACUGCACUUCUCGGCGAACCGGAAGCUAAACAUCUUAUAGAAUUGCUAAAACUGAGUGUUUUCGGUCGAACCGGCGCAACCAGUACGUCCGAAACCAUCGCCAGCACACUAAUUGCGCUCGCCAAAUCAAAUUCCACCAUCGCGAAUAUGCUGAUUGAAACGUGCAUCACGGAAUUAGAAGAUCUAUGCACAUCGCGCCAUUCAUUGGGCAAACUUCCGAAGCCGGUGGUACAGGAAACAAGCCAUCCUUACAUUGAUGAUAUCAUAUUAGUGGGACAUGUGAAAAUUCCCGGUGCCGAAUCACUUCGCAUUGAAUUUGACAGCCAAUGCUCCACGGAACGCCGUAAUGAUCCAUUGAUCAUCUUCGAUGGCUCGGGCAACGUGGUAGCGACCCGUUCCGGGCGUGAGUACGCACAGUGGGCACAGGAAAUUCGCAUUCCUGGUGACCAAAUGCGUUGGAAGUUUACUAGCGACAACUCAGUUAAUGGAUGGGGAUGGCGGUUCUACGUACACGGAAUUAUGCCUGAAUCCUACCUGCAGGAGUUGGGUUCAGAUCGGACCGUUCUCUCGCAACCUUCAAUUGCACUCGUCAUGGCUUUACUUGAUUCGCUACCAGUUCCAACAUCGAACACGAGUAUUCUUAUACGUUUAACGUCGGCGCUGUCCCAGUGUGCGCAGCUGGGUUCGUUAACGGUUGCUCAACGUAUUUGGUCAUUGAAAAAGAUGCAUCACUUGCUCUGCAGUCAUAGUGUAACGCAUGCGAAGGAUGGUACACCUCGUCCGAUGGAUUCCGCAGUAACCGAUAUAUUAACACCUCUCGUACCGAUUAUCUUGCGACAGUAUGAAUAUGAAGAACCACAGGUCCGGAGCGGAAUACACCUGAUGCAUUCGGAGUAUUUCAAGACAUUGGUUGCGCUGGCAUGCGAUAUGCACAUGGACACGAUACUAUUGCCUCAGGCCGAUCCACACCGUUGGGCAUGGUUCCGACGCUACUGUGCGGCGGUUCGUGUCGCCCAAGCUCUCAUACGCCGUACGAAUCUUCCGCCAACCUUCUGUCUGGAAGUACGCAAGAAGCUUGCCGAAAUAGCAUCUCCAGCAACUCCUGCACAAACAUCAGUUGGAUCGAGUACUACCGGUCAGGGAAGUGCUGUAGAAGGUUACAGUUCGCUCAUCCAACACACAUCUAGCCAUUCGAGUUUGCUCAGCCAGAGUCAUCCGUUAGCCUUUGAAUUGAGCAGCACUAUUAGCAGUAGCAGCACCACAACGAGCAGUAGCAGUACCGGAACAACCACAAUCACUGCAGGAAGUAGCGAUUCAUUGCCAGCGAAUGUGGCCGCUAACGAAAUACCGAAGUAUCUACAUGAAGAUCAUGGCUACUUCACACCGCAGUACGAUUCUCAGCUUUUGCAGUGGUUCAAUAGAAGGCCUGAGGAUUGGGCAUUCUCGUGGGGCGGUGCUAGUACUAUUUUCGGCUGGGGUCACAAUCAUCGGGGCCAGCUUGGUGGAUUGGAUGGAAGUCGCAUUAAAAAUCCGACACCCUGCGAAGCGUUGAGUUUGCUGCGCCCUAUACAAAUAGCCGGCGGUGAGCAGACACUGUAUGCUGUAACUCCUGAUGGAAAGCUUUACGCGACGGGUUAUGGUGCGGGCGGUCGCUUAGGUGUCGGAGGCACCGAUUCCGUUACCACGCCAACGCUCGUCGAAUCGCUACAGCAUGUGAUGAUCAAGAAAGUGGCGGUAAAUUCGGGCGGCAAACAUUGCCUUGCACUGUCCUCCGAUGGUGAAGUUUUCUCGUGGGGUGAAGGCGAAGACGGAAAGCUCGGACAUGGCAAUCGAGAUAGCUAUGAUCGUCCGAAGCUGAUAGAAUCCCUUUCUGGAAUCGGGGUCGUCGAUAUCGCGUGUGGCAGUGCCCACUCUGCAUGUAUCACCAUUCAAGGACAUGUGCUUACAUGGGGUAAAGGCCGCUACGGUCGUCUAGGACAUGGAGAUUCCGAAGAUCAGCUGCAACCCAAGCUGGUGGAAGCGUUGCUCGGCUAUCGGGCGAUCGAUAUAGCUUGUGGAUCGGGUGAUGCGCAGACACUUUGCAUCACGGACGAUGACAAUGUGUGGAGCUGGGGUGAUGGUGACUACGGCAAGUUGGGCCGCGGCGGUUCCGAUGGCUGUAAGGUGCCGAUGAAGAUCGAAAGCCUGGCAGGGUUGGGCGUGACAAAAGUCGAAUGUGGAUCCCAAUUCUCGGUAGCUCUCACGCGGUCCGGAAGCGUUUACACGUGGGGCAAGGGGGACUACCAUCGGCUAGGCCACGGCAAUACGGAUCACGUACGGCGACCGAAGAAAGUUGCAGCCCUGCAGGGAAAGAAAAUCAUUUCUAUCGCUACGGGAUCGUUACACUGCGUUGCUUGCAGCGAUGGAGGUGAAGUGUUUACCUGGGGUGACAACGACGAGGGCCAGCUGGGCGAUGGGACCGUCACGGCAAUUCAGCGCCCACGCUUAGUACAAUCGCUCCAAGGGAAGCAUAUCGUGAAGGUGAUUUGUGGAUCAGCACACACGCUCGCACUGUCCACGUACCAGCUGAGCGAAGCCGUAAGACCACCACCGUCACCACCGCUUGAGUAUGAUCUCGUGCGUGACAUUGCACCGGAAGUGCUUCACGCUCGUUUGGUGUUGUUGCACCAUUUCUCGGAGCUAUUGUGCCCUUGUCUCGCAAUGUUACCGAUCGCAGGAUCGCUUUCGUUGGCCUCCCUGAAGGAUGUACUCGUUUACUCAAUCAAGGAAACGGGUUUCCGGAAAGUGAUCCAAACUACGAUGGUACGGGACAAACCACAUGGCCCUGUCAUAGAGCUGAACCGCAUCCAGGUGAAACGUUCACGCAUGCGAUCGGGCAAUGGUCUUGCUGGUGUUGACGGUAUGAAGAGCGUGUUCGGACAGAUGGUCCAAAAGUUGCCGCUCCUCACACAGGAAGCAUUGUCGAUGCCACACCGUGUCUGGAAGGUAAAGUUUGUUGGUGAAAGUGUCGAUGACUGUGGCGGUGGUUUUAGCGAAUCGAUCGCUGAAAUGUGUGAUGAGCUGCAGAAUGGUAGCGUCCCAUUGCUGAUACAGACGCCCAAUGGUCGUGGCGAUGCAGGCGCAAAUAGAGACUGCUUUUUGCUGGAUCCAACACUCACCACCGUGCUGCACAUGAACAUGUUUAGAUUUUUGGGUGUGUUGAUGGGCAUCGCCGUACGGACUGGAUCACCGUUAAGUUUAAACCUUGCCGAACCCGUGUGGCGUCAACUGUGCGGAGAAGCGUUACGUCCAUCCGAUCUGACGGAAGUAGAUCGAGACUAUAUUACCGGCUUACUAUACAUUCGUGAUGUUGAAAGUGAUCCGAAAGUGUUUGCAUCGAUUGAAUUACCAUUCUCUACCCCUUCUGCCAAAGGCCACGAAGUUCCAUUAUCUACCAAAUAUACUAAAAUAACGCCAGAAAACCGCAGCGAGUAUGUGAAGCUUGCGCUCAACUAUCGCAUCCACGAGUUCGACGAGCAAGUAAAAGCCGUCCGAGAUGGUAUGUCGAAGGUCAUUCCGGUCCCAUUGUUGUCGCUCUUUUCCGCCGCCGAGCUUCAGGCAAUGGUUUGCGGUUCGCCGGACAUUCCACUCUGUCUGCUGAAAACCGUUGCCACGUACAAGGGUGUCGAAUCGACCUCCUCCCUUGUACAAUGGUUCUGGGAGGUGAUGGAAGAGUUCACCAACCAGGAACGGUCCUUGUUUUUGCGCUUUGUUUGGGGCCGCACUCGACUGCCACGUACGAUUGCCGAUUUUCGUGGUCGUGACUUUGUUCUGCAAGUACUGGAUAAGUACAACCCGCCGGAUCAUUUUCUGCCGGAAAGUUACACUUGCUUUUUCUUGUUGAAAAUGCCUCGUUAUUCUUGCAAGGCCGUUCUGCAAGAAAAACUCAAAUACGCCAUUUAUUUCUGCAAAAGCAUCGAUACGGACGAAUAUGCUCGAGUCGCGAUGGGUGAUCCAACUGAAGCGACCGGCAGCGAGGAUAAUAGUGACAUUGAGUCGGUACUAUUUUAAAUUAGCACCUAACUGGACGGAUGAAGCGUAUCAGCUAGUUUAAAAAAAGAUUAAUCGUUGAAGUGCGUGCUGAAACGUGUCGGCAAACACACACGUGCCUCUCACACAUCUCCUAGGAGCUUACUCGACUGAUUACAUUGACUGAAACAAAACGUGCAUCACACGUGUUCAUCAGCAAGGAGCUAAAAUUAGAUCUCCAUUUUGUCGUUACUAUCCCACUUGCCCUCUACUUGGUAAUCUGUAGCGGGCGUGAGUAUGCGGAAAUCUUGCCACUACUCUUGGAAGAACGAUGCUAGAUUGCACUUCUUUUGGUCACAACUUCAUAUCCUUAGAAUGUUGAUUUAUUUUUACUAACUUGGCAGUUUAAAAAAAAGAACAUCUACAUAUAUUCUAAACAUUCCAGAAACUAACAAUAUGUUUCAGCAAUCAGAACGGAGAUAACCUACUUUCUUGGUAACAGUAUAAAUACCACAAUGUUUCAUGGAUAUACACAGUGGCGGGUUUAACGGUAAGAGCGAACUAAGCGGGCGCGGUGGGAUCCGUGCUCGCAACUGUAUGAACAAGUCCCCCGUUUGCUUUCGCGCUUAGGGUACCGCAGAAGUGUAAAUCCGCCACUUGGUAUACAGUAACAUAACGUAUAAUAACAUAACAAUUGACAGAGGAUAUAUGUUCGUUAUCGAAAUGAAGACAGACCACGGUCGUAAAUCGCUAGCCUGUGUGCGAUUUGGUUUCUGCCAGAAAAGAUUGAAAUUUGUUGAUGAACUAGAGAAUAUAUUAGCUGAUGGAUAAGUGGAUUGUUUAACAGCAGAACCGCAUACUUGACGUGUGCGCUGAUCUCCCCCGAUGUUCCCAUUCGUCACUAGAAGGUAGAAAAUGUUCAAGAUAGCUAAAAAGAUAGCUUUGAUUUAAUUCACAACUUUAGCGACCAACGAUUGCUGGACAUCAACUGAGAAAAGUAUUUGCUAUCGCUUUAUGCAAUAAUUAGGUGUUGCAAAAUAUAUUGUACGCUAUCAGUACACUAUUAUGCAUGGUUCGAACACACUUGGAGGACUCUAAUUCGCUUUAAUGGCCCUAGUAUUAGCGUACCGUGGAAGAUUUUGGGUAGCAAAAAGCAAAAACAAAACGUAGUCUAUCAAAAACUAUGUGACUAACGCUUCACGGUUAAGUAGUUUGCCCAUGCGCGUAGUAAUAGUCGAUAACCGAUUCAACCGAAAAGCAUGAAUAAUAACAGAAGAAAGCAUGGAAUUUAAAGCUCAUACUACACGUGGAAUUUGCUAACGUUGGCGAGUCAUUGGCGUUUAUAAAGUAGCGUAGUUCACUAGCAGCCAUUUUGCAUGUGGCGAAUGUAAAAGGGGAAGAAAGAUUAUUAAUUUCGCGAGCGAAGAUAGCGUAGAUUGCGUCAUAGUAGUGCUAACCAUUAGGCAGAUUGCUGAUUAUGAGGAUAGAGUUUAGCUGUUAUGAACAGAAAUGUGACUAACAAUGCACUAGUGUGUAUUUUGCAUCAGUAUACAGGCAACUGCUAAGAGUAAUUUAUUUUAUUUAUAUAUGUUUGGUCGUCUACGUUCACGGGAUGUUUUGGAGAAGGGAAUGCUUUACGGUUGCGUUCGUGGUAGGUUUCAGCUUAUGUGUUGUCCUAUUAUAGAUUUACGUAGGAUCUAGCGAGAUCUAGCAAAAGCACGAUAGCAAACACAGACGAGGCAAGAAUCAGGAACAAAUCACACUCACAAAUAGGUGUGAAACUCCAUCCAUCCAAACGAUUAGCGAAAAGCACGGACGGUCCAGUGGAUAUUAUUAUUGCCUGCACUCGCUCUACACGCCUUGUAAUUUGUACGUUAUUUCUACAGAAGGAGAGAGAGAGAGAAAAGAAAACGAAUAAGUCACGCAAUAUGCACUCCUGCCGUCCGCAAGGUGAGUGCAUACCUUAUUCUCCCCAUUCCCAAAAAACACACCACAGCACUGUGAUUGAUGUUUUUCUUCCUACGUUCAUUUGCUAUAUGUAAUGUGUGUUUUUAAACACAAAAUUCUCUUUUGUACUUCCAAUCCUAACCUGCCGAAUAUUUGUGCUGAUGGAAGCAACUGAAGGGAAUCGUGAAAUAAAAGGAAGUGUGUACUAUUACCAUAUUGUGGGAUACUAAAAAUGAAAUCUCAAAAUAAACAAUCAAUUUAGACAUAGCCGUACCUUCCGCGUACUAAGUAACCAAAA